CAACGCGAGAAUCACAGCCACCGUUUUGUCUCAAUUACGUAAAUGCCUUAAGUGGCAGAAGGCGGUAGAUCAACUGAGCUUUCGACGCCGGCAGUAGCAGAGACUAAAAGAGGUCACUGCAAAAUGUCGCUGGUCGAUUACGCUUCUUCUUCAGACGACGACGUUGAGGAACCCACCGAACAAGAACGUAAAGAAGAUCAGAAACCCCAUCUUUCUCAAAACGAUGCACCGGCGGCGCCACCUCCUCAACGCAACCCGAAUAAAUCUGGAUCUACAUCUGAUCAGCAGCCAGAAAAAUUAUCACAUUCAUCUUCACCUUUGGUGGAGAAACUGCCAGAUGCUUCACUUCUCCUGAAUUCACCUGCGGCCUCAACUAAUCUGAUGAAUGCUAGCGACCACUCCUCUCGAGUUGCUGCUGCUCUAGCUGAAAAUGCUUCACGUAAGCGAGACUCUAAUGGAAUGGCCUCCUCUGCUGUUCGCAGCAAAGUUCCCCGAGGAAACAUGGUUCAUACUAGGAAUGUUCCAGAUACUUCAAGUGGUGUGCUGGUUCCACCUCAGAUUAGUGGAAGGAAAAAUGUCGUUACAGAAGACUUGAGCAAGCUAUUUGUCAAAAAACACAGUUGACACUAAUCAUGAUAUAAAGCUCAGUGGUUGGAAUUUAUGGGGAGAAACUAGUACCUGAAGAAGUGGUGGACUUUACUAACUUGGAGGUGUUUGCUUCUCUGAAGAAUGUGUAUUAUUAUGAGUAUAAGAGUAUUAUUAUGAAUAGCCUUUGAAGUUUGUUUAUUUCCUUAGGUUUGAACUGUACCAAACAAAUCACAAAUGUGUUAAGAUUUUUGCAUAUUUGAUAUAGGAUAUAAUGAUAUAAUGAUAUAUGAUGCUUUGUUA